UAACAAAGAAACGAAUAACAAAAAAAUUAAGCCGAAUUUAUACCUCGGGCGUUUCCUUCGUAAAGCCUGAGUAAUAAUAUGCGGGUUUGAUGCACGCAUCUCAUCGGAGUGCAACCCUUUCACAAAGGGGCGAUGCUUUGAUAGACGGUGUACAAUCUAUGUGAUGCUACAAAUUAUCUUGUAGUUUACAACUAGAGGCUCAAAAGUGGAACAAUAGGUUCUUUUAAGAGAAGCUUACACAUCAUGUAAACUCUGGAUAUCCUCAUGAAGCAGUUACGUUGCUUGUGAGCAUAGUUAGUGGAGCAUAGUUACUCUACUAACUAUGGUUGGGAGUAUAUCCAAAGUUGCAAAUACUAUAUAGAAAGUGACUGAGGACACAUAAUAUUUCAUUUACGUUACAGCUGAGCCAACAUCUGGACAACCCGUCAACCCGAAAGAUUCAAGUGUUGAAAAUUACUAUGUUCCUUCAGGUGGAACACUGACUCUGAUUGUCAACAUCUCUCACGAGAAUGAACAGGCUGACCAUUUCUAUUUUGGUAGAGGGUCUCCUUUAAAUCCGAUCAUCAAGUUUGCAAAAGGAGAUGGUGGAAAUGGAACAUGCUUUAAUGAGUGGCCUCAGUGCAAAGAAAAUUACGGUUUAAUUUUAAGACAACAUUCAGAAGAGAAAAUUUUUGAAAUAAUGAUAAGAGAUGCAAACAAGUCAACGGAGGACUGGUACAGGCUAUUUGCGUAUUGUGUAGGAACAAACCACAAUUGCAAUACAGGCCAACCCAUGAAGAGUUUCAUUUUGAACAUUAAAGAUGAGUUAGAGCCAACAGAGGUGACAACAGUUGAUACAACUAUGACAGGCUCAGGCCCCACCACAGAACCAGUUUCUUCAGGUGGGCAAAACUCAACACAAGAGACAACAGGCCAAGGACCAGUUAGUAAAGAUAUCUCAAGUCAUGCUGUCAUUGCAUGGACUGUUUCUGCAGCAAUCAUAGUCUUCCUGAUAUGAUUUGUAUAUUGGAAUUGUCAUUUAAUUGUCUCACCAGGGAAAAGGGUCUGGAACUACAGAAAAUGUUAGAGAAAUAAACUAACUUUUUUGAAGAAAUUUUUCCUUUUGAGUUAAACUGGGGUGCCCAUUCAUCCCUCUUUCUUCCUCGUGAUUAUCAUUGCCUUGAUUGGUGGCUUUCCUUGAAUAUUUUUAAUUGAUAAUUUCAUGUCUGUGAUUAAUUGAAGCUGGAUUUCUAAGUAGAUAUAAUUCUAUGAAUACAUAUUAUUUUUAUUUACUAUACUGUGAAUAUUCUCCUGUUAAUGGGUACUUCAUGUAGAUCUAUAAAGUAAAGUGUACAUGUUUGUCUGUGCCAGACAAGUUUAAGAAAUCAUAUUGUGGCAUAUUUCAUCUCAUAUAUUGAGCCAAGGACACACUGCUGUAUAGUGCAGGGACAGGUGUGACAUGGCAGAAGGUUUUGAGGAAUCUUUAUGUCCAUACCACUGAGAGGUACUUUGACACAGCAAAAAUUGCAAAUUAAAAUAAUUUGGGCUUUUUUUUUUAAUUUGAAUUUUGAAGAGUAUCUAAAAUUAAACUGGCUCAAACUUUAAAUCAGUGCAUGCACAUAGUGGUUUGUUGCAGUGACCUGAAGAAUUGUAGUUUCAGAUUGAUGUAUUUGCUACUUAUUUAUGAUUUAUAUGGUUAAUACAUGAACAUGAGUAGAAUGAUGCUAACUUGAACUCCUAAGGGAAACAAAAACAACUUUGAAUUUUCUUUUCCUGUUUUAAAAUGAUUAUUAAGCUGGAAUCAUGUUUCAACCAUUCUUGGGUAGUUUUUGUGAUGAUUAAAAUAUUCAGGUAUGUGCGAGAGUGCUGCCCCAUUCAUGUACAAUCAAGAGUCAUUAGGGCUUAGGGAAAUUAAGAAAAACUAGUUUGAGUUAAGAGGGAGUUUGAGAUGUAUUAGGAUGAGCAGCAAUGCAUUCAAAAGUGAAACUUGAAUGAUGAAAUUUGAAAUUUGGAUUAAAAUGAAUGCAUUGGAAAGUAAGUUAUUUUAAGGAAAAUACAUGCUUUUAAAUAAAUACAUUUUUUUAAUGAGGAUAUAUUUUCAUAUGUUCAUGACUUCUCUUUGAAACCAGGUGCAUGAAAGCAUGGCAAUCCUCAUGCAUGCUAAGUAACUUGUCAGCAAGUGAAAUUGUAAUUGCGGUUGUAAUGAUAUA